CAUCGAUGUAAUCCACAGUCAACCGCCUCGUGGCUGAGGAAAAAGCGAACGCUCACCGAUAAACCGAUUGACUCAGCUCGACACCACAUUAACCUUUGUUCCUUUGCAUUGUUGCUCAACAUCAUUUAAUUGCUUCGCAAAGUUGUUUGAGGACACGUUGGCAUGGAAGCCGAUUUGAAUUUCUCUUCUCGUCGAUCGCCUGUGAUAUGUUUAAACGGCUGCGUGGCUUCCAGCCAGCCCCUCGCUUCUGCCGCAGGUCUGGAUGUUCUGAAGCGUGGUGGCAAUGCUGCAGAUGCUGCGGUCGCCGUAGCAGCAGCUCUGGCAGUUACAGAGCCAUGCAGCACCGGCCUCGGUGGAGAUGCCUUCUGCCUGUUCUUUAACAGCGACACCAGCGAGAUCAGAAUGAUAAACGGCAGUGGUCGUUCUCCCAAAGGUUUGACUCUGGAAUUCCUUAAAGGUCGCAAGUACUGCACUGAGACCCCUCCUCCAGUGUUUGAUGCUCUGAAUGUUACAGUGCCCGGGGCACCUGCAUGCUGGUGUGAUACCAUUCGGAUGUUUGGUAGUCACAAGCUGUCCUUCCGAGAGGUGCUCAAUGGGGCAGUGGAACUGGGUGAGGUGGGGUUUCCUGUUGCCGAAAUCACAGCUCAUGGAUGGACACACUGGGUGGCUGAGCUGCGAAAUGCCGGAAAGGAACUUGGUGGAGACCUGCUGAUUGAUGGUCAUCCUCCCAAACAUGGACAAGUAUUCCGUAAUCCUGCCCUAGCCCGAACUCUGAAGGAAUUGGGAGAGCAUGGAAAGGCAGCUUUCUACCAGGGCAGAGUUGCCCAAGCCAUCAUUGACAUAAUUGUCCAACAUGGAGGAGUCAUGACCUUGGAUGACCUCAGCAGCCAUGACAGUGAUGUGGUCAGUCCCAUCAGCACAAAGUACAAGGGUGUGCGCCUGUGGGAGUCUCCUCCUAAUAGUCAAGGGUUGGCUGCCCUGCUGCUUCUCAACAUUCUGGAGAACUUCCCUCUCAAAGCUUUAGGUCAUAAUAGUGCAGACUACAUCCAUAUUCUGGUGGAGGCUAUUCGCUUAGCCCAAACAGAUGCUAAAAGCUACGUGGGUGACCCAGACCAUGUGACCCUUCCACUGCAAAGCCUAUUGGAAAAAAGGUUCAGCAGGCAGCGAGCCCAGCUCAUCAACAUGGACAGGGUCAUGCAAGAUGUAGAGCCGGCCCUGAUGACAGAAAGUGAUGACAGGCCCUGAACAGUCUAUUUCUGUGUGGUUGACUGUCAGGGUAAUGCCUGUUCUUUCAUCAACAGCACAUUUAUGGGCUUCGGGACUGGUCUUGUCCCAAAGGACUGCGGUUUCUCUCUUCAGAAUCGUGGGGCCAGCUUCUCUCUUCAUCAGAACAGUGUUAACUGCGUUGCCGGGGGGAAGCGGCCCUACCACACCAUAAUACCCGCACUUCUCACUGACUGUGCAUCUGAAUCCCAAAAGCCACAACUUCUCGCCUCCUUGGGAGUAAUGGGCGCUUUGAUGCAACCACAAGGACACAUUCAGGUGUUGUUUAACAUGUUGGAGUUUGGGAUGAAUCCACAGCAAGCACUCGAUUCACCAAGAAUAUUUGUACAAUAUGAUCUCAAAGAAAAUCAAUGGUCUGUGAAUUUGGAGGAGGGAAUCGACCAAGAGGUGGCUGAGGUUCUAACAAGACGAGGUCAUAAAGUCAACUGGCCAGUCAUUGGUCACAAGAGGUCGCAGUUUGGGAGGGGACAGAUCAUCACAAUAGGGGAUUGGUGGAAUCCAUUGGCCAGCCACAAGGAUCAUCCAACCAGGGUGUUGUGGGCAGGAUCAGAUCCCCGAUCAGAUGGAUGUGCGAUGGGAUUUUAGACUGCUUCAGCUUCAACUCCACUUCCAACAGCAAUACCUUA